AUGGCCGACGACGGUACUCCUCAGGGCGACCAGGGCGCUGCCCCGUCGACCGAGCACCUGAACAUCAAGGUUACGGACAACAAUAACGAGGUCUUCUUCAAGAUCAAACGCUCAACAAAGCUCGAGAAACUCAUGACAGCCUUCUGCGAGCGGCAGGGCAAGAACCUCCAGUCCGUCCGAUUUCUCUUCGACGGCCAGCGUGUCCAGCCCACAGACACUCCCGAUGCACUCGAAAUGCAAGACGGUGAUACCCUCGAGGUGCAUCAAGAACAGGUCGGCGGGUCGUGCUGA